AUGGCAGAGGAAGAAGCUAUUGGAGUUACAAGACUUAAAAAAGAACUAUCCGAUAUUCAAGAAAUAAAAUUUAAACUGUAUGAAUUAGAGGAUGCCGGAAAAAGCAAUCCGAAUAAGUGGUUAGUAUCGCUGUUGCCGGAUCGAUGGCCGUACAAUAUCGGUGGCUAUAAAGUAGAAAUUGAAUUCACUAAAGAAUAUCCAUUCCAACCACCGAAAAUCAAAUUCCUCACCAAAGUUUAUCAUCCUAAUAUCGAUGAAAAAGGAGAGGUAUCGCUAGCCAUGGCACUUAAUGAGAAUUGGAAGCCAUCCGUCAAGAUUGAUCAGUUGUUAACUGCACUCACGGAGUUACUAUGCUCGCCACAGCUUGGUUGUGUACUUCGUCCUGAUUUAGCUGAACUCUACGUCAAAGAUGUUGAUGCGUACAACAGAAAUGCAUCAGAAUUUUGUAAACAUUAUUCCGAAAAACAAAAUCAACAUUAA